UGACGCUCUACGUUAAUGUGCGUUCAAUCUGAAAACAGUUCCUGUUUACGUUUGCUGUCAAAAGUGAUUUAUCAUACCGCGUUCAUUGGAAGGAACGAAUGUUUUUAUAGUAUUUAGGUUAUUAUAAUCGACGUGAGAAGAUUACUUUAAAUCGCCAGCAGUCAUAAACAGUGGACAGACAUGUCUCACCGGCCCUCUGGCCAACAUUAAUGUGUGCCAUCGUCGGAUUUCUGCACGUGAAGCCGCCAAUGUCAGCGUCCGCCCUGCGAAUGAUCCGCGUGCGGAGGCUGAGCACCACCGGACCUGCUGUGAAGAGAGCACUGCCAUGGAGAGACCUUAGAAAAGUAGCAAAAGUGACAGGAGCAAUAGUAUUGGGAGGCUGUGUUUUCAUCACAUACGAGGUGGUUACUCUGAACCAGGCCGUCACUAUCGACACCAGUGCCAUACUACAGGAGAAGCACAAGUCCUACAUCUACCUGACUCACACCACUAAUAGAGAACAGGAGAGCCUUGCUUCUGGCUUUACUAUCAAGACCAGGAUGGAACUUCAUAAAGCAGCUAGAAAGUUUCUUGAAAUUUCAUCAAGAGUUCUUCUUCUCCCAUUGGAUGCAUACAUGGCACCAGAGCAUCUCAGUCAUCUAGACGCAGACCCUCAUGAAUGUGCGCUAUGGGUGCUGCUGAAGAAAACCUGCUCUGCCGACCGGGCCGUUAGACAGCAGGCGGUGCAGGAACUGGCCCAGAAUCACCACUGGCAGGAUUAUCAGUACCAGACUGCAGCACAGGUGGUAGAUCAUCGCACAGCUGUGGCUCUCGCCCGCAUGCCUAACGUGGACCUGCGCUUCUUUCUCCCUCCACCUCCACUGCCGCAUACUGACGAUGAUAUAUCGAUUGAAGAUGGGCUUAGGCAGUUACUGGCAUCUCUGCCCCAGUCGGAGGUGGAUCAGUGUGUGCAGUACUUCACCUCUCUGGCAUUAAGAGAGAGCAGCCAAUCACUAGCCUCUCAACGGGGAGGGCUGUGGUGUUUUGGAGGAAAUGGGUUGCCUUAUGCCCAAAGCCUGACUUCCACCCCCUCUGAGAAGGUGGAGACGUUCUGCCUGCAGGCCCUGGUGCAGCACUCAAAGGUCCAAAGUCAUUGUGACCACGUUGUUGCUAAUGGAGGACUGCUGCUUUUGCAAAGAGUCUACCAGCUUCGCAGAGACUCUCCGAAAAUUCAGCGCAACAUUGUGCGAAUUAUUGGAAACCUCACCCUGAACGACAGCUUGCACACAGCCAUAGUACAGUCAGGUUGGGUGGCUGUCCUGGCUGAGAUGAUCCAGUCACCACACAUCAUGCAGGCAUCUCAUGCUGCCCGUGCUUUAGCCAAUUUGGACAGAGAUGCAGUAAGGCAGAAGUACCAGGAUGGUGUUUACAUAUUGCACCCACAAUGUCGCACUAAACAGUCGUGGUUGGCUGCAGACUGUCCAAACCUCAGAAUCCUGUCUGUUGAGUAUGACACCCAUUUAAGUGACUGGAAGGCUAAGUGUCCUGCUGAAAACCAAAGGAAGUCCUUGGCCUACAGAAGUCAGGAACUGCUGAGGAAAUUGAAGGAUGCAGGUGUAGGGGUCAGACCUGUGGUGUGGGUAGCCCACAGUAUGGGAGGUUUACUUGUGAAAAAGAUGCUCUUAGAUGCCUCUAAAGAUCCUGAUCUCAGUCCGCUGAUCAAGAACACAAAGGGAAUUCUGUUCUACAGCGUUCCUCAUCACGGCACGUUCAUGGCAGAGUAUUCUGUAAAUGUCCGAUACCUACUGUUUCCCUCCAUUGAAGUAAAAGAACUAUGUAGAGACUCUCCAGCGUUACGGGACUUGAAUGAAAAUUUCCUGAACAUUGCAAAGGAACAAGAGUUCAAGGUCCUUAGCUUUGCAGAAACUCUACCAACCUACAUUGGGCCAAUGCUCAAAAUAUUGGUAGUUCCAUCGCAGUCAGCAGAUCUGGGUAUUGGGGACCUCAUCCAGGUGGACGUUGAUCACCUCAACACCUGCAAGCCAGAAAAAAAAGACUCAUUUCUCUAUAAACGUACUUUACAGUUUAUUCGAGAUGCUCUUGGAGGACAGAGAAUUAAGUGAACUCUUAAGUCCACAGUCCAAAACCGGUCUCUUGCCAUUUCAUUGCCUCUUGAGGGUUCAACAAUUACAUUUUAAAAGAUAAUGUUAACUAUGAAUAAAUAGAAGUUCUAAAAUUGCAACUGGAUUUUUCUUUUCAUUUUUUUAAUUCAA